AGGAGAAUGGAGGAGGAAACAUAAUAAGGAAAUCAGAGACCUCUGCAAUAAACCAGGCAUUUUAAGGGAAAUAGAAUGUAUCAUCAGCUAGCUGUAUUAUAGUUUUUUUAGUAAUUUAAUUGUUUUGAGUGGAUGAGGGAAGUUGUUUUAGCCUCGAUGUUAUUCUAUGCGAUAACAAAAUUGUCAGUAGCAACUUUUAUCUCACGAUUAAGAGGAUACAGGAUGUGUCUGUUGGAUAUAGAUAAAGGUUUUCUGGAAUAAAGCAAUCUUCGUCAGUUGCUCACUGCAGUUCAACGAGACUAAAGUCUACUGUGUUCUGAUUUCAACGUGUUUGUGCUUUACUUCUCUGUGUUUUAGCAAAAUGAAGGAUUUUGGAUUGAAAUUUAUACUUCUCGCGUCAACAGUAAUUUUUAAAGGUGUGGUUUGUCAGAGUGACGACUACGUGGAUGGAUGUCUGCCGCAGUUGGCUGAUAGGUGUUUCAGUGGGCUGAUGGAUUUAAUUCCCUGUCACUUCAAAACCAGUGGAGAAUGCUCUGAUCAGGGCACUGAGUUCGACGCUUUUUGCAAUGGUAUAAACGAUGCGCUGAGCUGUUCGUCUGAUAUAAUCGACUCAGACUGCUCAGUGGAGGAAGGAAGGCGAACAUUCGACAACUGGCUCAAAGGACUGGACGCUGUGCGCGCCUACUUCUGUAACCAAAACAAUCAGUCAAUGACAGUUUUGGCCCAGAACGCUCACUGUUGGGAUGUGAUGUAUUUCAUUGAGUGUGUCAACAAACGAGCUCAAGUGGAUCAUGUAGUCAAACUGCUACAGUCCAUGUUGGACAAAAACGAGUGCAUAUUCCUGGUUGGAACGACAUCAGAAUGCAACGCCUUGUCAAUUGUUCCACAAAAAGCGCCCUACUGCACCUCCAGUCAGUCUAUGGAAGUCAUGGCAGAAGCUAUUCACACAUUUUUCACGAACGCAAAAUGCCAAUGGGAUUCUAAAAGCUUACCGAAUAGUGCUCGCAAAAUGUAUCUGUCAUUUUUCAUGUACAUCAGUCUUCUGCUAAUUCUACUCACAUUGUUUUAGGAUGUUCACAAAACAAACAAAUUUGUGUAUAGAUUCAUAAAUUAAUAAAAUGUAUUUGAUAUAAUAAAACUAUUUUCCUGAG